CUCGUUUACUUUCGAUCUGCUUUCGAUGUUUCGCUUUAUCUUCCUUUCGUCGUUUUGCUCGAUAAACUAACAACGGUGGUCUGCACGCUCCGUAUUUUUUAAGCUAUUUUUGGUAAUUUCCCGAAAAAAAAAACAAAAAAUUUGUGUCUAAAAUGGCAGAUACCGAGGCACAAAAAAAAGUUGAAUCCACUGUUGAUGAGGAGAAAGUUGAGAAGAAAACUGAAGAAGUAGUUGAGAAGUCUGAAAGUGAGGAAAAGAAAACAGAAAAUGGUGAGGAAAAUGGCAAAGAGCAAGAGGAAAGUGAAGAAGUUAAAGAUGACACUCCUAAAGAUAAAUGCUCUAUAAAAAGGAAAUCAACCGGAACUGAUUCUUUGGAUGCUAAAACUGAAGAAACAACUCCAGAAAAGAAAGCCAAGCUUGAUGAGGCCGUAAUCGAAUCCAAGGCGAAUGGUGAAGUAACAGAAGCUGAAGCUACAGCCUAAUUUUUGAAUUCCUAUUUCACAAGUUAGUUUUUGAUUGAUUAAAUAACUGAGACCAAUAUGCCAAAUGGUCUUUAAUUUUUAGCCAAACUAAAGCUAAUUUGUUAAUACCUUUUUUAUUUUAAACUUAUGUUUUGUACAUGUAUAAUGGUAGGGUUAAGGUAAUCAUUGCAGAGGCUGGCUACAUUAGUCCAGGAUAAUAACAUUAAGUUCUUUAAUGCAAUAUAAUUUCUCCAAUGUAUAAUUUAACCUUUUGAGAGUACAAAGUAAUGGUCUGUUUCGAUUUGAAAAUAUGACCCUAACAUUAGACAUAAAAAUGCAAGAAAUGACAAUUUAAUUUUGAAAAUUGCAUUUUAUUAAUGAUUUUGGUAUUCAAGUUUUAAUAACUUGGUAUCAAGUUUUAAUAACUUGGUAUUGAUAUUUUAUGUGGUAUUUGUCAUAACAAACGCCAAAGUUUUAGUGGUGCGAUUGUGUACUUAUCUCUAUGUCCCUUAAUUUUAUAUUUUAACAGAAAGUUUCUCUAAAGGGCAUGUCUGGUGUUGUGAUUUUAUGUAUUAUAUAUAACUCGUGAAAAAUGAGUUCUAGAAAUAUUUAAUAGUUCUACUUAAUACAAAAAUUGUGAAUCUCAGAGCCAGCUCUGCCAUAACCUCACUAACAGGUUCUAAAUGUGUUCAUAUCAAGAUAAAAUAGUACUAAUUUUUGCUAUUCUAAUACACCAUCCAGUAUUUCAGCAGAAAAUAUAUAAUGGUCGUUUUUCAUAUACAUAUUUUAACGUAAAAUUUAAAGGAACUGUUAAGAAAAUAUUUUUUAGUUUGUUCCUAUAUGGAUUAUUUUAAAAAUUAAAUUAAUUCUGUUACACUGUUGUAAUACAAAUAAAGUUUACUUUUCUUAUGAAAUUAAUGGGUGGUUUUAAUAUUAAGUUAUUUUUUACUAAAACGUGUUUUUGAAUAUUUUAAGGAAAAGUUUGAGAGUUCAAAUAACAGUCUCUAUCCUAUUGUUCAAUGUAUCUGAAAGUUGCAUUUAUGCCACAUAGUACAAACCAAAUUUGUAUUUUAUUAGUGGUAUAUGGCAAUAAAGAGUUAGUUUCCAGUAUUAA